UGUUUAGUUUGGCCUGCUCGGCCGGUCGUUUUGUGUGGGUCAUAUUUGGUCAUUUCUUCGUUUGUUAGUGGUCGCACAGGUUGACCCUUCACAAUGCCGACCGAGAACCUGAGCGACAAACGCAUGGCCAAGUUCAAAAACAAGGGCAAGGAGCCCACGAAAAUGCGUGAACGCAGAGUUGCGGAGUGUGUUGAACUUCGUAAAGCACAAAAGGUGGAGAGCAUCCUAAAGAGGAGAAACAUCUCAUCUCAGCCUGAUGAAGAGCCCCUGUCGCCAGAGUACAGCUCUGACAACCAACAGAUGAUGUCUGUAACAAUCCAGGAGAUUAUUGCCAACGUUAACAGUGACUGUCCUAAGAAACAGACGCAAGGCUGUCAGACGGCCAGGAAGCUGCUGUCACGGGAGAGGAACCCUCCACUGAAGGAGAUAGUGGAGGCAGGCCUGCUGUCCCGCUUUGUGGAGUUCUUGAGCAGGAACGAUAAUCCCACUCUGCAGUUUGAGGCUGCCUGGUCCCUCACCAAUGUGGCAUCAGGCACCUCAUGGCACACACAGCAGGUGGUUGAACAUGGAGCAGUGCCUGCCUUUAUCGCCCUCUUGGCCUCGCCCAUGCUCAACAUAAGUGAACAGGCUGUCUGGGCUCUGGGGAACAUUGCAGGUGAUGGCCCAUCAUAUAGAGAUGCACUUAUUGACUGCAAUGUAAUCCCUGCUCUACUGGCUCGCUUGACGCCCGAUGCCCCGACUGGCUACCUUCGCAAUCUGACAUGGACCCUCUCGAACCUGUGCAGAAACAAGAACCCUUUCCCUCGCUUUUCUGCCGUCCAGCAGAUGCUUCCCUCUAUUAUCCAGCUGCUUCACCAUAGCGACAAAUCCGUCUUGUCGGAUGCGUGCUGGGCUAUCUCCUACCUCACGGACGGGCCCAAUGAGAGGAUUGACGUUGUAAUUAAGACUGGAAUCCUUCCACGGCUGGUUGAGCUGCUGGGCUUUGAGGAGCUUGCAGUGGUGACUCCAGCACUGCGCUCCAUUGGGAACAUUGUGAGCGGCUCAGAUCUGCAGACACAGAUGGCCAUUGACUCAGGCGUGCUCAACGCUCUGCCCAAACUAAUGCGCCACCCCAAACCCAGUGUGCAGAAGGAGGCAGCCUGGGCUGUAUCCAACAUUGCAGCUGGACCACGCCAACAGAUCCAGCAACUAAUCACAUGUGGUCUUCUGGGUCCCCUUGUGGACCUCCUGAAGAAUGCUGACUUUAAAACCCAACGAGAGGCAGUCUGGGCAGUCACCAACUACACCAGUGGAGGAACAGUGGAGCAGGUGGUACAGCUUGUGAAGUGUGGUGGCCUGGAAGCCAUCCUAAAUCUACUUACAGUCAAGGAUGCCAAGACUGUCCUGGUCAUCCUGGAUGCUGUCAAUAACAUUUUCUUGGCUGCUGAGAAGCUAGGGGAGGUGGAGAAGCUUUGUCUACUGGUGGAAGAGAUGGGUGGACUGGAUCGCAUUGAGCUCCUUCAGAAUCAUGAAAACAAUGCAGUGUAUCGUGCCGCCCAAGGACUUAUAGAGAAAUACUUCAGUGAGAACGGUGAAGAGUGUCUGAAGACUGAAGCCACUGAAACGGACUUUGUUUUUGGACCAACUGAGGUUCAGAGAAGAUUUGACUUUUGACGUCUUAUGCAUUUCAGUUUUGGAUUAAAUAAAUAUUUUUUGCAGUA